CCUUCGUGAGCGGGGGGAGCGGGGUGAGGGGCGGCUGCUGGGCCCGGGGGAGCGGCCCCUCCUCACCCCCCCGAGGUGUGUAAAACGGGAAGGGGAAGAAAAAGAGAGGAAGAGGAGGAGUUUUGCUCUACCUGCCGGUGAGCGUCAUGACUCCGGAGUAAAGGCUUUGGGUUGUGGUUGCGGAGGGGUCGCGGCUGGGAGGAAAAACGGUGAGGAAACAGAGGGAUGUAGAGUGACCAGGGUCUCCAAACCUGAAGCAGCAAAGCGGUGACAAAACUGGGCAUAAAAACCUGGUGGUUCCUCAGCCUGCUGUCCUUCGCCAGUCUUGGAAAAUGGCACCACCACCAAGAGAUGCAGGAGUAUGGAGACAAACCCGAGCUCUCUUAUUCAAGAACUGUCUUAUUAAGUGUAGGACUAAAAAAAGCAGCGUUCAGGAGGUCCUUUUCCCACUCUUUUUCUUGUUUUGGCUCAUUCUGAUGAGCAUGAUGCAUCCGCACAGGAAGUACGACGAGGUGGCCAACACCGACCUUGGCACCCUGGAUACCUCCAUGGUGGUGAAUUUUGUCAUUGGAUACACCCCACCAACCCGCAUGGCACGAGAAAUCAUGAAGAAGGUGGCUUUUGAUUACUUUGAAGAAGGUAUCAUCACUGAGGAGUAUUUAAGUGAAGAGGAGCUGCAAGAGGCCAGUGCUCUUAAACGCUCCAGCUUCGUGGGGGUUGUGUUCACUGAUGCCAUGUCCUACCAGCUGAGGUUUCCUGACUCUGUUGCCAUGUCUUCCAUUUAUAUGGAAUCCAGAGCCAGUUGCUCCAGCCUGCGGAAAGGGUGUGAGUCAGUGACCUACUGGAGCUCAGGGUUUCUUGCUCUGCAAGCCUGCAUCGAUGCUGCCAUCAUACAGCUGAAGACCAACCAUUCAGUUUGGGAACAACUGGAACUGACCAGAGCGGUGGUUAUGGGAGAGGCUGCAGUGGUGGAAAUAGAUAAUUUUCCUCGUGCAAUCAUUUUGAUUUACUUAGUGAUUGCUUUCUCACCCUUUGGGUAUUAUUUGGCAAUCCAUAUUGUGGCAGAAAAGGAGAGGAAGUUAAAGGAAUUCUUAAAAAUAUUGGGACUUCAUGACACCGCCUUUUGGCUUUCCUGGGUGCUGCUCUACAUCAGCCUGAUUUUUGUCAUGUCCAUUCUCAUGGCAGUGAUUGCAACGGCCUCUUCCCUCUUUCCUCAGAGCAGUGCCUUUGUGAUAUUUCUCCUUUUUUUCCUGUAUGGAAUCUCUUCAGUUUUCUUUGCACUUAUGCUGACACCUCUGUUUAAAAAGUCAAAGCACGUGGGUAUAGUGGAGUUCUUGGCGACGCUGGCUUUUGGUUUUGUGGGCCUCAACAUUGUCCUGCUGGAAGAUUUCCCCAAGUCCUUCGUGUGGCUCCUCAGCCCCUUGUGUCAGUGCAGCUUCUUGAUCGGGGUCGCACAGGUCAUGCAUCUAGAAGAUUAUGAAGAUGGUGCAACAUUCUCAAAUAUAAAUCGGGGUCCUUACCCACUCUUUAUCUCUCUUAUUUUGUUGGUGCUGGAUAGCAUCUUCUACCUGCUUGUAGCUGUCUACCUUGACCAGGUUAUCCCAGGGGAGUUUGGUCUCCGCCGCACCCCCUUUUUCUUCAUGAAGCCGUCGUUCUGGUCAAAGCACAGGAAGAAUUACAAGGAGUUGUACGAGAGCAGCAUCAACGGCAGCUUGAGUUUCAGUGAGAUAGUCGAGCCUGUGCCUUCCGAAUUUCAGGGGAGAGAAGCCAUCAGAAUCAGCUGUGUUCAGAAAACAUUCAGGAAAAAGGGGGAAACUGUGGAGGCUCUUCGAAAUUUAUCCUUUGACAUCUACGAAGGUCAGAUCACGGCUCUGCUCGGGCACAGUGGGACUGGGAAGACCACUCUGAUGAACAUCCUUUGUGGGCUGUGCCCACCCACAGACGGGUUUGUCUCUGUCUAUGGGCACAAAGUCUCUGAAAUUGAUGAGAUGCUGGAAGUGCGCCAGAUAGCAGGGGUGUGUCCCCAGUCUGACAUCCACUUCGAUAUAUUAACGGUGGAGGAGAAUCUCUCCAUAUUUGCUGCCGUUAAAGGAAUCCCUCAGAAUGAUUUGAUACAAGAGGUGCAGAAAGUGUUGCUGGAUUUGGAUAUGCAACCUAUCAGAGACAACCAAGCUAAAAAGUUAAGUGGGGGGCAGAAGAGGCGGCUGUCAGUAGGAGUUGCUGUUCUGGGGAACCCGAAGGUUUUGCUGCUGGACGAGCCGACUGCGGGGAUGGAUCCGUGUUCCCGGCACAUCGUCUGGAACCUCCUCAAAAGCAGGAAAGCAAAUCGUGUGACUGUUUUCAGUACCCACUUCAUGGACGAGGCUGAUAUUCUUGCUGAUCGCAAAGCUGUGAUUUCUCAAGGGAUGCUGAAAUGCCUUGGAUCUUCUCUCUUUCUGAAAAGCAAAUGGGGGAUUGGCUACCGCCUGAGCAUGCACAUCGAUGCCUAUUGCAACACGGAGGCUACGACCUCGCUGAUCCGGCAGCACAUCCCAGCAGCCAGCCUGAUCCAGGAGAAUAAUGAGCAGCUCAUCUACACCCUGCCACUCAGGGACAUGGACAAGUUUGCAGGCUUGUUUUCUGACCUGGACACUCAUUCCCAUUUGGGCGUUAUCACCUACGGCGUUUCCAUGACGACACUGGAGGAUGUCUAUCUGAAGCUGGAAGUUGAGGCAGAGAUUGAUCAAGCAGAUUAUAGUGUGUUCAAUUCCCAACAAGUGCAGGAGGAGAUGGAUACCAAAUCCCUCGAUGACAUGGAGCAGAGCCUCCUGAUGCUCUCAGAGACAAAGGCACCAACAAUGAGCAAAAAAGCCCUUUGGAAGAAGCAGGUUUCCACGAUAGCAAAAGUUCACUUCCUUAGUCUCAAGAGGGAAAAUAAAUGCGUGAGAGUUAUGUUGUUGCUUUUUCUGAUUUAUCUUGUAGUUCAGAUUUUACUGUUUUUCAUACACCACAUCAUCAAAAAUUCUGUAGCUGCUAUCAAACUCUCCCCAGAUUUGUACUUGCUGAAGCCUGGGGAGGACUGUCACAAGUACAGGAGCCGUCUCCUGCUGCAGAACUCCACAGAAUCGGGAAUCGAUGACAUUGUCCGAUCUCUUGGGAGCAUGAACAUCCUCUUGGACAUGUUCAAUGACAGUGAUUAUGUCUCAGCUGCACCUCACAGUGCAGCUCUGAACGUAUUUGACCUUGAAUCCAGACAGAGCUAUGUUUUCACAGUCAUAUUCAACAGUACCAUGGUGCAUUCCCUGCCAGUUUUGAUGAAUAUUGUCAGCAACCUACUUCUGCGUAAUUUAAACGUGACAGAGAGCAUCCAGAUCUGGAGCAACCCCUUCCUUCAGAAUCUUCCAGACACAAUUUUCAGACUGGAGAUCUAUUUUGAAGCUGUGUUACUGGGAAUCAUUAUUACUGGAAUGCCACCCUAUUUUGCCAUGGACAAUGCAGAAAACCAUAAGAUCAAAUCCUACACACAGCUGAAGAUUGCAGGGCUUUAUCCCUCUGCUUACUGGAUGGGACAAGCCAUCAUUGACCUCCCACUAUUCUACUCCAUCCUGGUCCUGAUGAUCGGCAGCCUCUUCGCCUUCCACUACGGCGUUUACUUCUACGUGGGCAAGUUUGUUGCUGUGAUCUUUUGCCUGAUUGGAUAUGUCCCCUCUGUUGUGCUCUUCACUUACGUGGUCUCCUUCACGUUCAAAAAAGUCCAGAAUACAAAAGAAUUUUGGUCAUUUAUAUUUUCAGUGACAGCCUUGCUCUGUACGGUUGUCACUGAAGUGGCCUUUUUUCUGGACUACUACUUGGUAACCACCAUCCUGCAUUAUGUCUUCUCCAUCUUCAUUCCUAUUUAUCCCCUUAUUGGCUGUUUGAUUUGUUUUAUAAAGGUCUCAUGGAAAGGCAAGAGAAAGAGCGGGGGAUACUACGACCCGUGGGACAGGCUCCUGGUAGCAGUCAUAGCUCCCUAUUUGCAGUGUGUCAUGUGGCUCUUCCUGCUGAGAUAUUUCGAGCUGAAGAAUGGGGGAAGAACAGUUAGAGAGGAUCCAUUCUUCAGAAAAUGUUUUACAAAAGCCAAACCCUGGAAGUUCCCAGAUGUCCCACGUGAUGAGAACGAAGAUGAAGAUGUGAAGGCAGAGAGGCUGCGAGUCCAGGAAAUCCUGAGCAGCCCCAAAAGUGAGGAGAUGCCAGCCAUCCUGGUCAGCAGCUUGCACAAAGAGUUUGAUGAAAGAAAGGAAUUUCUUCUGGGGAGAAAAAUAAAGAAAGUGGCAACGAAGCAUGUUUCUCUCUGUGUAAAAAAAGGGGAAAUACUGGGUUUGUUGGGACCCAAUGGAGCUGGGAAAAGCACAUUAAUUAACAUGCUUGUUGGAGAGAUUGAGCCAACGAGUGGGCAGGUUCUGAUGGGAGAUUCCUCUUUUGGCUCAAACAGCGACGAUGACUCGGUGAAAUUUGUGGGAUAUUGUCCUCAAACAAAUCCUCUUUGGCCAGAUAUUACAUUGCAGGAACACUUUGAAAUUUAUGGUGCUAUCAAAGGAAUGAGUCAGUCUGAUGUUAAGGAAGUCAUAAAACGCAUCGCGAGUGCCCUGGAUUUAAAAGACCACCUGCAGAAGACAACAAAGAAGCUGGGUGUAGGGCUGAAACGCAAGCUCUGCUUUGCCCUGAGCAUGCUGGGCAACCCGCGGGUCACGCUCUUGGAUGAACCAUCAACUGGGAUGGAUCCAAAAGCCAAGCAGCACAUGUGGCGGGCGAUUCGAGCAGCAUUUAAGAACAAGGAGAGAGCAGCUAUCCUGACCACUCAUUACAUGGAGGAGGCAGAUGCUGUUUGUGACCGUGUGGCCAUCCUGGUGUCAGGGCAGCUCAGGUGUAUAGGUACUGUCCAACACCUGAAGAGUAAGUUUGGCAGAGGAUACUUCUUGGAAAUGAAAUUAAAAGAAACAGCAGAUGUGCAGCAGGUGGAAUAUCUGCAGAGCCAGAUCUUGCACAUCUUCCCAAAUGCAAAUCGUCAGGAAAGUUUUGCUUCUAUUUUGGCCUAUAAAAUUCCUAAAGAAGAUGUUCAGUCUCUUUCACAUUCUUUUUCCAAGCUGGAAGAAGUAAAACAUGCCUUUAACAUCGAGGAGUACAGCUUUUCUCAGGCAACACUGGAACAGGUUUUUGUGGAGCUGGCAAAGGAGCAGGAGGAGGAGGACGGCAGCUUCGGCACCCUGAACAGCAUGCUGUGGUGGGACAGGACACAGGAAGACAGAGUUGUUUUCUGAGCUUCAGCAGUCCCCAUCUGCUCAGCAGCUCCUGCUUCGUGCCAGCCCUGAUGCUCUGCACACACGUCGGGGCAGCUGCGGGGGAAGCACUGGAACUGGGAUGGACAAAGGAAGUGGUGUUGGGAAGCCCUGAGCAUGUUCCACCAUCCUGGCCUUAGGAGCAGCGCCGCAAUGGCGGUGGGAGUGGAGAGCAUCCCCACCGUGAUUCUGGCUGAUCUGAAAUUCCUUCUCUCCUCCCUGUUUCUGGGUUUGUGUUGAGAAGAUGCUGCCGCAGCAGUUGGUCAUCUCCUGGUGCUGGUCACUUGGACAGGAGCCCCUGCCUGCCCUCCUCCCUCACUGGCACUGGGGCUGGCAGCCAGAGGUUGGGCUGUCCUUACUAGGAAUCUGCUGUUGAGCAAAACCAGUUGCCACUGGAGUGUCCCACCGUGUGGGUUCACAGGGUCUUGCUGUGCCCUGUGCCCUCAAUUGGCCAUCACUGCUCACCGAGAUGCUGAGCAGACACAUAUCCCUGCAAGGUCCUUCUCCCUACCAGCUCAUCCAUCCCUGCUUAUGCUUAGAAGCUGCACCUGCUUAGAAGAGAAGGGGGGAAAACCACUCCAAAGUCCUUGUAUUCCCUGCAGAAGGGUCCUGGGUUACACUGCCAGCUGAGCUUGGCACGCAGUCACUGUGGAAAUGCUCAUUUACAGGUAGAGCACAGCACUUGGCAGCACUUGUGUUUGUGUCCUUGCUGCUGUGAGUUGGUGGAUGUGGCUGAGACCUCCUGCUGUCCCAGGUGGCACUGGCUUGGUGCAUGAGCCAUAGGGCUGAAGGGGGGUACAUGAGUAGAUGCUUGGUUGGUUGUUUUUUUUCCGCCACACUUUGUAAAAGUACAAAGACAUAACUGUGUAUUUACAGGAUUUGCAGAGGUAUGAGCAUUUCUCAUCUUCAUUAAAAAUAGUCUUAAUUAUUUUGUUGGGUGUAAGGACGUGUACCUGCAGCUGUUUUUGAGGACAGUCCUGGUUAGAUGUUCUCAUUUUUCUUGACAGUGACUUUACAUUGCAACAGCAUUUCCUAAUCCAUCUUUGUGGUGAUAGCAGCCAGUGCUGCAGUGGUGUGCUCUGCACAGGAAUGUUUGCUUUGUCCUGACCUGGCAAUUUUUCAUUCACCUUUGUGACCCCCCUAAAAAAAAGAUCCAAUUUCCCAACCUCAUCAGUAGGAACGGUGCCUUUUGUUUGCAUAGAAGCACUAAGAGCAGAUUAUGUGAUUCUUUAUCCUAAGAUAUGACAGAUGCAUAUUGAAAAUGUAUUAUUUUUUUUCUACACAAAGCUAUCAUCACUCUUUUAUUUUUUAAGGUGAAAUUAAAGAUUGCUAACAGCUCAUUAUAUUCUGUGAUGAGCAAAUAUAGAGAUGCAUUUAUAUUGAAACAUUGGCUUCGUAAGUCAUAUCAAUUAUGUGUCUUCACAUUAAAGUCAGAAAAGACCUUUGUUUUUUCUUGUGAAAACUCAAAAAAAUUUUGGUUUAGGUGGAGUUCUGUGUUCUGACUGUAAUUAUCAGGCAAUAGUGUGUGAUGUACAUCUGAUAAUUGUUUAUCAUCAUUUUGGGUCAAAAUCUGUUUUUGUUAGUUUCUUACUCUACAACAGGGAGGUGUGAACUCCUUAUGUACAACUUCUGCAUCCUCUUUGGUAGCUGUAGAUUGCAUUUAAACUUGGAGAUUUGGUUUUGUAGUUUCAGUUUGAGCCCAAGAACUGCAGAAGCACCUGGAUGUCCCCUUUGCCUCCCCAGGGGAGCACAGACGGUCACUCUGCCAGUUUUGGUGAGCCCUGGGCUGUGGUACCUGCACCUGCCUUGAUCUCCUGGGCUGGAAACGAGCCACAGGAUUACAGCACCAGCCUCUAGAAGUAGCAAUCUUUCCAGGGCUGAAGCUUGCCUGUCAGAAAACAAAACUUUGCCCAAUUCAGCCCUUUUGUCUAUGCAGCCUUUUAUUUAGCCCCUGGGGACCCUUGGCCUGUUGCUCCCAGCUCCAUCCCGGCUGCUGGCCCCUAUCUGAGCAUUUUCCUUCAUUUGCUGCAAAGAUGAGACCCAGAAUUUUGUCCUGUGACGCUUUCCCGUGUCUGUACAUACAUGUUAAGUGCAUCUUCACCAAACCCCACACUUCUUUCUUCCAUCCCUCUUUGUAAAUGGUGUUGCAGCUGAGUGCCAUCUGCAUCUCCCCAGCAAUUCCCAGCACGCUCUUUCCACGUGGACUCAGAGUGCAGUUGUGACCCGUUAGCCUUGAUGUCUCCUUUUCAUUUUAUUUUUUAACUUAGAGUUGAUAGUAAAAUAGUUCUGUGUUGUCUGAAUGACAUCAUCCUAUUUCAGAGAGUUUCUUAUUUUCUAAUGUUGCAAAUAGAUCACAUGAAAACUUUAAUUAGGCAGCCUGAUUUGCUCACUUUGGUACUGUUCUUGUUUACCCGGGAGUGACCCGGUUGAUGGUGGCUCAGUAUUUAUGCAGCUUCAUGUGCAAAGAAUUUGGCUUUGUUAACUGUGUGUUUGAGUGGGAUCUUUCUGGCAUGGUGGCAUCGUGUCAAUGCAGUAUAAAAUGCCACCCCAACACAUCACUGUAUUGUAUCAGAAGUCUUUCCCAGUGUCAUAUGAUGCCUAUAAUUACCAGAAUAAGGGGAAAAACAUGCUAAAUGGAACCACAGAAUCCCUUGGAAACUUUAGAAGUUUGCUCCUGUGUUUUUAAGUCACUUUGUUUGGCUGUUCCCAGUGACAUGCUGAAGCACAGCCCUACGAUACACCCAGUUUAUGCUUGAGGUAAGAGGGGGAUGAGGCAGCUGGAUUUGGGCUGACUGGGGGACUCGGGGCAAAUGAGUUCUGUUUGUGCCAUGUCCCAGAUAUGAUGGUUUUAAUUUCCUUGCAGGGUUGUUGUGAGAAAUAGUUAGCUAGUGUAUCCAUAACUUGGAAGAUGCGUUUACUUUGUGGUGUUGUUCUAAGGUUGUAUUUGUCUGUGGAGGAAUUUAGCGUGUCUGAUUUUGGUUUAUGUUACCAAGAAAAGCUCUUUUUGAAAAAUGUCUCUGUAUAGCAAGUCUGUUCCAUAGCCAACAUCCAGUACUCUGGUAGCAGGAACAGAAGAUGGUGGGUCUGAUGGUGACCCAUUUGUAACCCUGUUGCCAUCAGGCACUUUGACUCCUUUGCGGUUCGUUUUACACACCUGCCUUUCUUUUACCAUUUUGCUGUAUUGGAAAAGCUGAGGGGUUUUGUGUUUGGCUUGUUUUUUUUUUUUCCCUUUUCCAGCAGAAAGUACUACCAAAAUAAAGAUGGAUUGGAUUGUUAAAA